GUUGCAAUGUAUAUUUCUUUUUUUGUUUUUACACGAAACAGGGUUGACAGCGGUUGACAGAUUUUUCUGUGAGGGUGUUCGCAGCCUGGAUCGCGAGGGCAGUGCGUUUGUCAUCACGUAAUGGACGAUGAGAGAUAUGUUUGUUUUCUCCAAUCUCUUAGGCUUAAGCGCUGUUUGAUAUGAUUUUAAGGCUGCAAGUCCUGCGCGAAUCAAGUUUUAAGUGUCGUUGUGAGUGCAAGUUCUUCGAAUUCGACGGGGUGACCGACGAAUGCCGCGCGCGGCAGGACGGGAGCGUAGCGCAAGGUGGUCGACAGACAUGCUCCGCUGAUUGCUGACCCCAAAUGAGUGUAUUUUGAAGAGCUAUGAGUAGAAUCGAUAGCCGGGCGGACAGCUUUCAUAGCUUGUGCCGCCUCUGUGCGUCGUACGAUGCGGUCAAACUGGAGAUCUUCGGGGAGGAGGGCAAGGAGAGGAGUCUGGUGGAGAAGAUACAGACCUGCCUGCCAUUCCAGAUUUCUAAAAAUGACCCCCUUCCUAAAUCCUUAUGCUACCGGUGUAUGUACAAUUUGGAAAAUUUCUACGACUUUCGAAUGGGCUGUGUAAAUGCAGUGGCUCUGCUUGAGAGCUGUCUGAUAGCUGAUGGUGGGAAAAAUUUAGACAAGGCCUCUGCUGAAAAGAGGGCAAAAAUAAUGAAACAUAUGUCUAAAGCAACUUCUCGAAGUUCAGAUGUUGCUAUGCCACAACUUGAACCUGAGCUUGAUGCAUUUCAGAUCCCAUUAUCAAAUUCAGUUAAAGAAGAACCAGAUGACACUGACCUUCCUAAGGAUGAAGAUGACUCUCUCCCUAAAAAUAAAACAUCAGGAACUUCUGACUCAAAUAUGCCAAAACUUCCAUCUGCUAUUGAAGAUGACGAGGAAGGUGGUAAUACUGAUGAUGAUAUGGAGGAAAUAGAUGAGGAUGAGGAAGAUGAAAAAGUGAUUGAUAUAGAUCCUGCAGAUUAUCUGGAGUCUAGUGUGGCUGUCGAAAUGGAUGAAUCAUUACACUCACCUGCAAAGAAAAGUAUUUCUCCUCAAAAGUCUACUGAACCUCGUGAAUUAUUCACUUGUCAAAUUUGUGGCAAAACACUGUCCAGCAAAGGACAUCUGUCCCUGCACAUUAGAAUUCACAGGGAUGACGGCACAGAUGGUAAUUGUAACACCAGCUCCUCUGUGUCAACCAGCAAUUCUACAGGAUUGCCAUUUUGUAGACCCUAUAGAUGUGAUCUAUGCAAUAAAAGCUACUCCUCUUCUAAACAUCUGUGGGGCCAUGUUAGUUCCAAUCACAGAGGAGAUCCAGCUGUAACAUGUCCGGAGUGUCAUCGCCUGUUUUCCUCUGUAAACAAUUUGGAAGAGCACAAGAGGUCAAAACAUGGUGAUCAUACCAGUGAUGCAGGUGAUGAGUUGUCCAAAAAGUUAAUAAUUGAUGAGGAUUCAUUUGGUAAAAUGGAUUCUGAUGGUGACACAAACCAGAAUGGAAAGAGGCCCAGAGAUUUAGAUGAAGCUGCAGGAAGUAGGAGAAAACGUUCAAAGCCAAGGAAAAUAGCUCGUACCCAUAGCUCUGAGUCUCAAGGAGAUGAAGGUGAUGGAGAGCCAUUGGAAUGUGUUUUAUGCCUUGAAACAUUCCCUGAUGUCGCUCAGCUAAUGGAACACACCAAAAAACAUGAGGAAGAACAUGAAGAAACACAGGCUAUGGUGCAGGCACAGUCUAUGAUGAACUCUCAAAACCUUAGUUGUCUACUAUGUGAAAAAACCUUCACUCUCAGGAAUUUAUUACAUGAUCAUCUUCAAAGCCAACACGGAAUAGAUCCCUCAGAUUUAUUGGAGCAUCAGAAACUAUCUCAAGAUGCCAGACUAGAAAUGUCCAUUAAAGCAGAGAUAGAUGAAGAUCAGGAUCAUCAUAUGCUAGCUGAGAGCAUGUUGGAGUCAGAAACUGUUUUCUGCUGUGAGGCAUGUAUACGAGAGUUCACUGAUCGCUCAAGCUUGUGGUUACAUAUGUUGUAUACUCACAAAGAGGCAGCUGCAACAGCGUGUGGACUAUGUUUGAAGGUGUGUGGUGAUCUACCUAGUCUCACUGCACACAUUCAGACCUGUCACACAACCAGCCACCUCCUGAAUGAGAAGAGAAGAUACAGCUGUUCUGUUUGCAUGAGACAGCACGAUUCUCGCAAAAAGCUUUUAUCACAUGUUCUUAUCCAUGACAUUGGGUCAGCCAAGCCUGAUGACCUUAUCAUUCUCAACUCGGAUUUGUAUCAAGCUGAGAAUCAAACUGAAAAUGAUUUUGAUGAACAGGACAGCCAUGAUACUUCCUUCACUAACACUCCUGCUAAUUUAAACAUGUCUACUGCAUCUUCAAACUCGGCUGUUUCUGCAGCAGCUGCAGUUGCUGCUAACUCACCAUUUGCCUGUCAGAUAUGUUUAAAAAUCUUCCCUAAUGAGGAAAAAAUGGUUAAGCACAAGCAAAAUGCCCACCGACAGGAUGCUCUGGUUCAUGCUGCGUCUGGAGUGGGUACAUACCACCUCUUUUUCCGAUGUGAAAUUUGUGGAGUUUCACAUCAAAGCAAGUCAGAUAGGUGGAAGCACGUCUAUGAAGUUCAUAGAGGUGAUCCAACUGUGACCUGCAGCCGAAAUAACUGUGGUAAAGUUUUUCCUUCAGCAGAGCUUAAUCAAGAGCAUGUUAAUCAUCACAAAGUGCAGGGAACGACCCCGAACACUUGCGAGAUUUGUGGAAAGCUUUGGAAUUCUCGUGUAGAUUACUGGAAGCACAUGAUGGGGGUGCACGCAGAAGUUGUACCUUUUACUUGUGGCGUUUGUCUUAAAAUUCUACCUGACCUGCCUCAGUUGAUGGAACAUGUUAAGUCAUGGCAUUAUCCUUUGACUGGAGGCGAUUAUUGUUGUGACAUCUGUGGAAGACCUUACUCAAACAGAUCCAAGAUGUCACGCCACCGCAGAAUACACUUUUCUCUGCCAGGUGAAGAUGAUGUGGAGAUCCCAGCUGAAGACGAAACUCCAACUAAAUCAGGUUCCGAUAAGAAAGGAGUGACUGUUAAAAGUGAGCCAGUGGACAAUGCUAUUAAGCCUAAAGCCACAAGUAUUCAUUGUGAAGGCUGUCCAAAUCGUACUUUCUCUUCACGCGAAGAGUUAAUUCAGCACAGACGAGCUGAUCAUGGAAUGCUCACUUGUGAUCUCUGUGACAAAUUCUAUGGUCGUACCUCCCACUUGUGGAAACAUGUCAAUAAAAUGCAUAGAGGACAUCCUUCUGUUACUUGCACUCACUGUGGAAAAUUGUCAGCUUCAAAGUCACAUUUACGCAGUCAUGUUCUGAAAAUGCACAGGCCAGGAGUUCUUGUUGGACACAUUGAAAAUGUGCAAUUACCCAUUCCACCAGCACCUGAAAAAAAGACUGAACGGGUGCUGGGACCUCAAGCUUGCCCACAAUGUUCCAAAGUCUUCUGUAAUAGGUACAGGAUGUUAAGGCAUCUGAAGAGUUGCAGAAUGUCACCAGCAAUGUUCAACUCAGGCCACCAAAUAUUUGAUGAGAAACCUAAAGGCCCAGCGACAUGCCAACAUUGUUCCAAGGUUUUCUCAUCCAGGAAGGCAAUGAGGGAACAUGAACAUAAAUAUCAUAUUAUGUAUGAUUGUGAGUUGUGUGGUGAAGGAGCCAUACCAAGUAAAACAGCACUGAUGGACCAUAUCAAGAUUGCUCAUAGAGGAUCAGAACAGUUAACAUGCUCAAUUGAAGGGUGUGGCGUAGUUUUGAGAUGCUCUGCUGAUCGUGAGAAACAUGAGAAAGAGCACAGAUCACAGCGUAUUCCAGCAACAUGUGUGAAAUGUGGUGAGCUCUGUGGCAGCAAAUCUCGAUUGAGACAGCACAUGAAGAUACAACACAAGCUAAGUCCAAGCAUCCUUUGUACCAUUUGUGUGGCUAUUCAUCCCAACAUUGAUGAUUUGCGGGCUCACGUCCAAUCCGAGCAUGCUGCAAUAAUUAACCGUGCAAAUACGUGUAAAGUAUGUGCUAAAUCAGUAAACUCAAGGAGGCGUCUUAUACAUCAUAUCAAUAAUAACCAUGAUGGUGCUUCCCGUCUGUGCACUGUUUGCUUGGGAUUCUUCGCCAAUCAAGAAGAAUUGGCAAAGCACACAGAAGACAAACACUCAAAGGAAGAGGAGGAGGCUGAAGAGGAAAGUGAUUCUUCCUCUGAAGAUGAAAAUGGGAAAGACGACAAAAAUCAAGUAGAUGAAGAUGAAGAGGAUGAGGAAGAUGAAGAAGAUGACGAAGAGGAUGAUGAUGAGGAAGGACAAGGUGACGGAGAGGAUGAGGAGUCUCAAGAGUCACAUUCUGAAGAGAAGUCUGUGGAAGAAAAUUCAAAAGCUGAUAGUGAUGUUAGUGAACUUACUUUGAAUGGAAUUGAUGACGCCAAACAACAUGGAAGUUCUCUUGCAUCUGAUGACAUUUCUUCUAGCUCAGAGAAUAGUGAAAAGAGCCAAGAGAAGCAAGUUGUCUCCGAAGGGAGGCCUCGUAGAUCUUACAAAUGCAACAUUUGCAAAGAGACAUUCAAAAUGCCAUCCCUUCUCAUGCAACAUCAAAAGCAGAGACAUCGCUCAGGUUCUGUUCCCAUGCAGUGUCCCUCCUGUGAUAAAAAGUUCUCAAACAAACUUAUAUUUUCAAAUCAUGUAAAUCUUUGCAAGCGGGAGAAAAGUUCAAUCUUGCAACAGACACUGGAAACUGGAAAAGGGGGUUUCAAGGACAAAUCAAGCAGAGUAGUUCAACUUGCGGAAAUGGCAGGCUUUAAUGGACACUUCCUUGAAGGAGGUGACGAUGGCAAGGACAGCAGCCCAGGUAGUUCAUCUGCCCGUGCCAGAAUUCAACGCAAAGUCUAUGGUGAGAAUGAAGGUCCUAUUCACUGCUCAUUGUGUAACAAAGUUUGGCCCUCAUUGAGGCAGCAAUGGCAGCAUCUAAUUCGCACUCACAGAGAAGCUGCGGCAACAACAUGUGGUGUAUGUCUUGAAAUAUGUUCAGACUACGCAACAUUGAAGGUUCACCUUCAUGAAAUGCAUCCUGACACAUGGGAGGGAGAAGGUAAAAAUUUUACAUGCCGAAUAUGUGGCCGCUAUCAUAAUGCCAGAUCAAAGCUGGAACUUCAUAAUACCAUUCAUCUUGGUUUGGAGGGUGAGCUGGGUGAGACUAUGGCUCUUGGAACAAAGGAGGAACUUGAAGAACAGAAAACUACUCAAGGAAUGGGCUCUAAGACAUUAAAAUCGCCUGAAAAAGAAUCAGAAGAUAGUGAAAACUCCUCAUCGGACGAAUCUGAUGAUUUGAAUGACGACAUGCAGUUGUUUGUUUGCCCUGAGUGUUCUAUGGUAUUUCAAACAGAAGAUGCUCUUGAUUUGCAUAUUACAUCUAAAUGUUCCCAUCCAGAAGAUGAAUCAACUUCAAGAGAUGACUCAAAAACAAGUAGCUACUCAUGCCACCAAUGCAAUAAUGCUACCUUCUCAACUUACAUAAGUUUGAGCAAACACUACAAACAAUGCCCCAAGUUAAAUGAGAGUAGACCUGAAUCUAAAUUAAAAGAAGAGUCAGAUGUGUCAAAUGGGCUUGAGGGAAAUCAAAAUGAAGACAGUUCUGAUAGUAGCUCGAGCAGUAAAUCAGAUCAAGAUGGCAGUAGCAGUAGUUCCAGCAGUUCAAGUAGCAGUUCUAGUAGUUCUAAUGAUGACGACUCUCAAGAUGAAGCUGACCAUGACGAUGAUGUAGAGGAGGACUCUGAAGCUGAUGAAGAAGGUGGAGGAGAAGGUGAGAAAAGCAUCCAUAACAUGUCUUGUAAUGUUGCCAGGGAUCUUGUUAAGGAUAUUAAAGAUCUUGGGUCAGCAAUAUUAUAAGAAAAAGAAUUAAGUUUUACAAAGAAAUCAAAAUUGUUUGUUUCUUAUUCAUGUAAAUUAAAAGUUCACUGAAGACUGAUUGUCGUCAGGGUAUCGCAUCUAACUCAUUACCAAUUUAACUUUGCAUGUUCAUAUCAUUACUAACUGACUUACAUCAAGUUGGGUUCUGUUUAACAUUCUUUUCACCUACGUCCUAUCUGUUCUUUCAGGUUCUCUCACCUCUUAAUAGAUAGGAUUUUCUUCAAGUGGUAAGUAAAUCAAUUGUAUCAUAAUCAUUUAUCCAUUUUCACCGAAUUUCCCAUUCUGUUGUAUGAGUUGGUCCUACUUGCAAAAUAAGAAUGGAAGACAAGGUAUAAUGCCUUUCCAACUCACUUCUCUAUUGUUUUCCUUUUUUAAAAAAAUAAAAAUAAUUUUUACAUAUUUACAUUUUAUGUCUUCCAUCAAAAAUAUUCACUUCUGAAGUAAUGUUUAUUCUUAAUGAUUAUAGUGGGGAAGUUAAAAAGUUUGUGAUGAAGCGUGGGUACAGAGCUCAAAUUUGUGACUUAUUAUAGAAAUGUGACCUCUAUGACACACAUAGAGACCAAUCUCAUCUCUUAUUGUAAUUACAGUAGUACAAAUGGAUUCAGCUCAGUUUGCUAAAAGUUCAACAGCAUCUGAUUUCUCACAUUUCUAUGAAAUUAUUCAUCUUAUAUGCACAAGCACCAACUCAGUCUUUCAGCUUUGAAAUAAUCACAUUAUAUCAUUGAGUAAUCAUUUUGUUGUGAAUCAUACCAGUCAGUACAAGUGAUGUUCACACAUGUUUUUGAUAUGUUGAACUGGAGUUAUAGCUGAUUAAAUAGUGAAUCUCUUAUACCUGUCAAUGAAGACUGCCUCUCUUAGAAUAUCAUGUCUUUACUGUAUUGGCUAAUUUUAUAACUGAAUCAAAUGGCAAAUUGCGGAUUUUUUCUCUCUCUCUCUCUCUUUUUUUUUUUUGGUUAUAUUAUUGAUUGUAAUUUUCUUAUUUUAUGACAUUGGACUACAUCCUUUCCAUCUUUCUCAUUGAAAUCUAAUUAAAUUAAGUCCAAUUUCCAUGUCAUAACUAGUAUUGUUUAUUAUGAAUAUCAACUCUGGCAAGUCCUUUAUUUUAGAUGGAAGUGCAGUCAUUCCAUUUGUCUAACCUCUUAAUCACUAACCAAAUCCUAGUCAGUAGAGAGCUUUUUACUGUUGAAAAACAAAAUUUUGUUCAUUCCAUUAUAGCACUUAAAGUUCAAGAGACUUAAUUUUAUCUCCUUAAUGUGAGGAUGUGUGCAAUCCCCAUAUUUUAAGCUAGAAUUUUUGUGUGUGUGCAGCAAAAGUCUUAUUAUAAAUUUGCUCCCUUUGAGUGUGUCUGUCUCUGAUCCAACCAAUCUUGUGUAUAUGGACUAUCAUCUAUCAUGUUCUAUUUUUUGUUGAUAUGUUGAGCAUGAAACUAGGUGUUAGUUGCAUUAUAACAAGCGUUAAUUUGUCAUAUAUUUAUCCAAGAAAUGUAUGAGUUUUGCCAUAUUAAGAGUAAAAAUAGUGUAAAUUGGAUAGGCACUUCACUCCUGCUUAUUUCUUUAUCGUACCGGUGUAAAGGUUCAUUUAAAACUCUUGUUGUUAUGUAUAUUGUUUGUUUAAUCUUGGAGUUGGACUUUAAAUUAAACAAAGACACUUUUAGUUUUCUGUACUAUAAGUUACCAAGCAUGUACUAGCAAAAAGCUACUAGCUUUUUGUAAACAAUCUGUGAUUAUAAACAGAUGUUUUAUGAUCUGUACAACAUGUCAUGCUCUCAAGGAUCCAGUUCCAAAUUAUCGGGCUGGUUAUGCUGUGAAAUGAAUGAAUCUGAUUCUUGCUGGCAUGAAUGAUAUGACGAUAUGUCUGCUGUGAUGAGACAAAAGCAAAGCUACAUGUAACACCGUAUGUUUUGUUUCUAUCUCCAUUUUUGCUUUCCUUUUUUACUUUUUUAUUUAUAGAUUUUAUGUCUAACUUUAAUGUGUGGGAGGAAAUACUGCCGUCCAUGAAAGCUCAGAAUCCAAGCUCUGUCCGUAAUUGCUACAUCGUGUUCCUCUUUGUAUGUUCUCUAGUAGUGGUUAUAGAAACUUUUUGUGGAUGGACUGCUGAUUAUUAUGAGCCCUUGUCAGCCAACUCAUUUUGUCUUCUCCCUGACUUGUUUCCUCUUACAGACCAUCCAUUUUACACUUUAUACUUUGGUCUCCUUUUCCAAGAAUUGUCAUCUCAGUUUGCAUAUUAAUUUGUCUUUCCAUUAACUUGCUUGUCCUACCACUACUGAAUAAUUUUGCCCAUUCCAUGCCUGUCUUUUCCCUCCAUUUUGCUUCUAUUUUAUUUUUGUCUCCCCCAUUUUUAUUAUGUUCUUUAUUUAUUACUAACUAGACUUCCUUCGGAAGAUGUUGUGUAAUGUUAAAUGAAAGAUAAAUGGAAGUAUCGUAUAUGUUUAAACUAUCAUUUUUGUUCUCAAACGCAAAUUCUGUUUUAAGGACAAUUUUAAUUUGUCUAUCAAAUUAUUUGUUUGAAUUAAUUAGGUGAUAUUUGUGCUGUUCUGAGAACUCCCCUUUAAGGAAUUUUUGUUUGUUUGUCUGAUUUGACCUUCAGAGGAUGUGUAUUGAACAAGGUUUUAAGCUGCUUGCCCUAAAUCAGGACUUCAUUGCACCUGUUCUAUGAACACUACAUUCAAUAUGGACUUGAGCUCAUGCUUGGUAUCUGUUCUUCUAAUGAAAUAAGUUUACAAAAACUUAACUCUAUUUUGUAAUAAAUGUAUGGUAAGUGCUGUACAACUUUGUAAAUACAUAGAAUUAAUGGCCUGGUAUAGUAUUAUAUUCACAGAUCGUGUGUCAGAGGUACACGAAUCUGGAGCUUUCAUCUUAACUUUUUGUUCUCUCUUAAAAGUAGUAUUUAUGGUACUUCCCUCGUGCAUAUUCUUUUCUCUUUGUUUUUUCAUGACAGUACAAUUUGUUUUGGAUGUAGAAGAAAGUGUUAAGGUUGCCCUGCAAUAGACUAUUUUAAAUUUGAUAUGAAAAAAAAACGUAUUACUAUAUUUGUGCUUUGAGGUAUGAGAGGCACGUGACUUAAAAUACAAUGUACAGACUAUGUAAUUGUAUCUUGUACUUAGUAACAAUUAUUCUCUUAUCAAUAAAUGAUAGUCAAUCUUUUCCAGAA